UUUCACGAGACUUUAGCCGACAUGCUCCUCGGCUAUAGGUACGCGUAAGAAUGUUUGCUUUCAUGUCCAUGAAACCAGAUAUUAUGCUUCCUUUAUGUGGACACACUGCGUUUCGCCAGUACGUAGAAGCAAGUGCAUUUAUAUUCACUCCUGGCAAACAUACAACGUGGGAUACAGUAGGAUAUCAACUGCUUUACUUGAUCACCAAUGUCACUCGAUGGCAGACAAGAAGGACAUGUUUCAGCAACUACCUGGAUUGUCUGCUGACGAUAUAGACAACCGGACGGUCAUCGUCGCACCCGAGUCGUCGGAGACGUUGCCAGACAGAGAGGCGUUGUGGAGGUACUUCGAGAGCCGGGAUGAGUCAGGGGGAGGGACACUCGAGUUCCUGGAUGUUCUGUCUGACGACAGCGCCCGGGUGACGUUUGGAGAUGCAUCUGAUGCGUCAAAUGUCGAGAUGCGAGAUCACAAAGUCAGCGGUAUUCGCCUCAUCGUGUACCCAUACUACAGAUCACAGCAGCCCGACGUCGACUUAUACGACAAUAGACUGGCAAUGUCUCCCCUCUCAGAAGACACUACCACAGACUCGCAACAGCCAGAAGACACUCCUACAGACUCGCAAAAACCAAAAGACUCUCCCACAGACUCGCAACAAACAGAAGACUCCCCCACAGACACCCAACAACUUGGAGACACUUCAGAACCGCAACACAAAGAAGAACAACCAAUAGUAGAGUCCCCGCCUCUCAAUAGUGAAGAGCUGAACAUAUCACGCGGCAAGGUACGCUACCUGGAAACAUUUCCCUCACAUUCGCUUCAAGCUCUGGUCAAGGAUUUCGUUGAAGUAGAGUAUGCUACUGAUGCUUUCAUUGUAAAAGGGAGUGGGUCAGACUUUAAGAAGAAGGUGAAUAGUCUUAAGAUAGCAAUUUUGGAUAUUAAAGAGGAUACGUUUGAAAUGAACAAACGCCAUGUGUAUGGGUUCUUGACGUCACCCCGUGGCAGACUGGAAUUGAAAAAGAUUGAGGACAGGUUCCGGUGUGCUGUGAGUGUCGACCCGGGCGUGUACUCCGAUGUCAAAGAAGAUGGUGAACCAGCCUCGAGCAUUAUCGACACUGAUCUUAACUUUAUCCAAGGAGAAAUAGCCCAUCAACGGGCCGAUGUGCUGGUCAGCACAGUAGACAGGGACUUGGAUCUGUCAGAGGGAUCUGCCAGCAUCGCGGCAGCAGGCGGAGACGAGAUACAGGUGGAGUUUAGAAACAGGUACCCCAAGGGUAUCAAAUACGGCAAGGUCGCGAAGACCAAGGGAGGGAAUCUCAACUGUCAGGAGGUGUUCUACUGUUGUUUGCCAGAAUACUCCAUCGACCCCACACUCAAGGGUUUGGAGAAAGUUGUAUACAAGUGUCUGUACGAUGCUUCUGAGAGCGACUACCGCAGUAUCGCGCUGCCAGCCCUGGGAACAGAGAAGCUAGGCUAUCCACCCGACAAAGUAGCAAAGAAAAUGCUGACCAUAAUAUUCUACUUCAUGACCUACACUUCCUCCCUGACUGAUAUCGCCAUCGUUAUUGGCCCUGGCAACAGCGAAGUCGUCACGGCAUUUAAACAAGAGAGGAUCAAGCAAAUUCGUAACUCCAAGCUAAACGCAGUAGCCGAUGUCCCCGCUGGCUCUGUGGCGGAUGCUGGGUACCAGGUGGGGAAGUUCACUAUUCACACCGGACACGGCGACAUCAGCAAGGAGAGUGCCGCAUGCAUAGCCCACUUCACUAACUCAACAACGCCCUUGAAUAUAGGUAUACUGUCCAGCCCACUGAGUGUGGCGUGCGGCAAGGACCUUGAGCUACAGUGUCAGCUGGCAGCUGGUCAAAUGAAGGGAAAAGGACUUGCUAUGACCACGGCGCCAAACAUCGCGGCAGACAUCAUCAUGCACAUUGGUGUUGACCGUUUCAAGGGCAACUGGAAAGACGUCAUAAAAGCAUGUUUGAAAGUUGCGACUGAAAAUAGCGUUACAUCGAUCGCAUUUCCAGAGUUUGGAACAGGUGAUGGGAAGCUCCCUCUAGAAAAAAUGCCGAAGCUGCUUGUGAAAUGCUUGAGGGACAUUGAGAAGAAGGACUGUUCUCUCACCGACAUCAGUUUUAUCAGCAGCGACGCAACUUCACAUGCCCUGUUUUGUUCCCACUUGGAGACAAUCAUUGGUCACAAGGAUACUAAAGGCCACUUGCCUGACGGUGCAUCAGGACAGAUCUCUGCCACAGACACUCUACCGAGACAAACAGGAGAAGGACAACAGUCGGGGAGUAUGGAGCAGGUGUUCGUGAAGACUACCAAGGACACAGAGGCCGACAUCACAGUGUACUCAGAAAAAGAAGAUGUUCUACGUCGGGCGUUUAAAGCUGUAGAAGAUAUCUGCGACAUUCGCAUUGUGACGAGAACGUUUGAAGAAAAGAGACUGAAGCACAUGGUAACCUCUCAGAUGCAGAGCCUUAAAAGAUCACUUGAGAGCAUGGCGGUGGACAUGACCAUCAAAUGGGCGACGGGGAUGGUUGAACUGGAAGGUGUUGAUGACGAUGUACAUGAGGUGGAGUCAGUGCUGUCCCGGAUAACGCCUCAAGCUGAUUGAUGUAGAUUCACGUUUAUAUUAAGUAUCACGUGUCACGCUCAGACAUUUAAACAGACCUGUAUCGAGUACAUAUUUCUGUUAUGUACUUUCAUUUCUGACGGUUAUGGUAUCGUAUGGUAUUCUUUAAUUGACUAUGCUCCAAAAUAUCUAGGACCAAGAUUACCCGCUCAUUAAUUUCCAUCAUAUGUGUACACAUGUGAACAAACAUGCCUUAGAUGCUCCCCUUGUUACAGCCAUUAUGAAGAGAUGUCAAUGAUAAAUGUAUCAGCUUUAUUUGUGAACGCCAAUGUCAAUACUAUUGUUUGACGAUUACAUUAUUGUUCGUUUAAUGGAUUUCAUGUGCUGAGUGAUGGAUUUGUAUGGAUAAAUGUAUUUGCGCGUGUGUAAUGAAUAUGUAUUCCACUGUUGUGUGUCGUGAAACUGGCCUCUAACUGUAAGUAGUCUGAAGUGAAAUUCAAUGUACUUUUGAAUUGGUAUUUUUCUUACUAGACUUAGCCAUUUUAAUAAUAUACAUAGAGCUCGAGGAACAGCUAGAAUUCGUAUUCAUAUACAUAGAGCUCGAGGAACAGCUAUAAUUCGUAUUCAUAUACAUAGAGCUCGGGGAACAGCCUGAAUUCGUAUUCAUAUACAUAGAGCUCGGGGAAAAGCUAGAAUUCGUAUUCAUAUACAUAGAGCCCGGGGAACAGCUAGAAUUCGUAUUCAUAUACAUAGAGCUCGGGGAAAAGCUAGAAUUUUGUAUUCAUAUACAUAGAGCUCGGGGAACAGCUAGAAUUCGUAUUCAUAUACAUAGAGCUCGGGGAACAGCUAGAAUUCGUAUUCAUGUACAUAGAGCUCGGGGAACAGCUAGAAUUCGUAUUCAUAUACAUAGAGCUCGGGGAACAGCUAGAAUUCAUAUUCAUAUACAUAUAGCUCGGGGAACAACUAGAAUUCGUAUUCAUAUACAUAGAGCUCGAGGAACAGCUAGAAUUCGUAUUCAUAUACAUAGAGCUCGAGGAACAGCUAGAAUUCCUAUGCACAAGUUGUUCCAGUCAUGACUGCAAUUUGCUGAAGAAUAUUUUUUUUAUGAGAAACCCCCUUAAAUGUCACCCAAGUGCGUCAGUUUUAAUUACACCACUGACUCUAUAGAAACGCAUUGUCAACUGCAUACUAUUAAACCUUUGUAUUAA